AGAAGGGGUCCGGUCGGAGGGGACGCCCCGGCUCUCGGGUUCCGCCUCCGUGUUGAUGAGCGGGGUGGGUGCAGCAGCGUGUGAUGUCCGUGCUGGAAGAUGGCGGACGAGGUCAGCGGCAGGCAGCCGGGCUCCGGCUCUGGCUCCGACCUGGAGGGGCCGACGCCCACUAAUCUGAGCCGGGGUCCGCGGCUCGUCAAGAUCAUCAAGUCGGAGACGGGUUACGGCUUCAACGUGCGGGGCCAGGUGAGCGAAGGCGGCCAGCUGAGGAGCAUCAACGGGGAGCUGUACGCGCCGCUCCAGCACGUCAGCGCCGUGUUACCUGGCGGAGCGGCCGAGCGGGCCGGGGUCCGCAAAGGGGAUCGCAUUCUCGAAGUAAAUGGUGUUAAUGUUGAGGGAGCAACUCAUAAACAAGUUGUGGACCUGAUUCGGGCAGGAGAUCGGGAGCUGAUUCUGACGGUGCUGUCUGUUCCACAACAAGAAGCUGAUCGGCUUGAUCCUGGUGAUGACUCAUCUGGGAACAUCUACUAUGACUACAGUGAGAAGCGGGCAGUGCCAAUCUCUAUCCCUGGCUACAAACAUGUGGAAAGGAACGGGGAGAAAUUUGUGGUAUUCAAUAUUUACAUGGCUGGACGCCAGCUCUGCUCACGGCGCUUCCGUGAGUUCACAAUCCUUCACCAGAAUCUAAAGAGGGAAUUCUCUGAUUUCCAUUUCCCAAAACUCCCACGGAAGUGGCCAUUUUCCCUCUCCGAACAGCAAUUGGAUGCCAGGCGGAGAGGCCUGGAGGAGUACCUUGAGAAAGUGUGUUCAGUCAGCGUCCUUGGAGAGAGCGAUGUGAUGCAGGAGUUUCUGGCUGAUUCCAGUGAGAGUACAAACGGACUGUCUGACGUGGAUCUGAGGAUAGCCUUGCCUGACAGAAACAUCAUCACAGUCACUGUAAAAAAGAACAGCACUGCAGAAGAGGUCUACAGGGCUGUACAAGAGCACUUACGAAUGGAUAGUAUCACAGCAAGUUUCUUUACGCUCUUUGAAGUUGUGGAUCACUUUUUUGAACGGAAGCUAGUCCCCAAUGAGUUUCCACACAAACUGUACAUACAGAACUACACUUCAGCGGCAGCUGGGACAUGUUUGGUCAUUAGGAAGUGGCUCUUCACCAUGGCCCAAGAAGAACUUUUGAAUGACAAUGACCUUGCAGUAACCUACUUCUUCCACCAGGCCGUGGAGGACGUAAAGAAAGGGCGGAUUCGCGUCGGCGAUAAGUCAUACCAGCUUCAGAAACUGUCGGAGCAGCACAAAAAAGUCAUGUACCUGAACAUGAUUCGGACUUGUGAAGGCUACAAUCAGAUAGUUUUUCCACACUGUCGAUGUGACUCUCGAAGGAAGGGCCACGUGAUGGCAGCCAUUAGCAUUCAGCACUUUAAACUCCAUGCUUGCACAGAGGAUGGACAGCUGGAGAACCAGGUAAUCAUGUUUGAAUGGGAUGAGAUGCACCAGUGGGAUACAGAUGAGGAGGGGAUGGCAUUCUGCUUUGAGUACAUCCGUGGUGAAAAGAAACCUCGCUGGGUGAAAAUCUUCACUCCUUACUUUAACUACAUGCACGAAUGUUUUGAGCGUGUUCUGUGUGAGCUGAGAUGGAGGAAAGAGAUGGAAGACGUUGGCAAUGAUGAAGAUAAUAGGAAUAGCACCAACCACAUGGUAUGGACAUGGGGGCUGGAGGAGUGCGUACAAAUACUUAGAUGUCGCUGAAUAUUUUUCAUGCAGCAGCAGCAAGAAGUAGUGGAGGUUCGCUGUCCUGAGGGGAGACCUCAUUCUCUGUAGCAUCUCAGCACCUUAGCAUGAAAACUGAAGCAAUUGGACCUUUGACAUUGGGGCAGUGGGGAGGCUUGGAGCAGCUAAAAACUUUCCUCACUGUAGCUGUGACAUCAAAACAGUCUUCAAGUAGUCCAUUCCUCAUUUCAUCACAUCCUUCACUGUUGUAAUGUUGCCACUCAUAGCUGCCUCUAAGUGAUCAAGGAGUAACUUUCUUAUUGGACAGUGCAGGACGCUGGGAUGUAACCUUCCUAACCAGAAGGACUGACUGUAGCCUGUGAUUGAGUGCGUGAGGCUAGAGCUUGCCUGCCCUGAAUUGUUAGCUGGGACCACUGGGUGAGGGGUUGAACACUAUAUCUUGGCCAGGAUCUCCAUUCCCAACCUAAUGACUAGACUGCCCACACAAACAUAAUUAAAUACUGAGUAUUAAAGAGUUUUGUUCAGGUGAACGUUCAGACUCCAAACUAACUAGAUAUCACUUGGAACGUAUUUUCAGCACUGGACCAGAGUGUCAUUUUGUUUCAACACCUGAAAAUCAAGUUUUCCUGUCUGUAAGCUCCUUUUCUGCAAACCUGCCAAUGGGAUAGUAAAGAGCUUCUUGCUGUAUGAUUUCUGGCAUACAGCAUGUACAGUAUUGUGAUUCAGGGGCAUAUAAUAGGAGGGAAAGUGUAAGAACCUGGGUGGAAGCUGCUUUUUAAACUUACAAAAAGCCUUCCUUUUUGUGCUGUGUUAAAAAUUAGAAGGGAUAAUUGUAUUAGUAGCUAAUAUGCUGUGUUAAAGGCAGUGCAAACACAUUUAAAUGGGGCUCUUGCGUUUUUGGGUUUUCUUAAAUGGGGAGGGGGGGGGGUGUUAAGUAUUACGCCAUCCAAUAAGUUGUUGCUACUGAUCUCUCCAAAAUCUCUCCAAAGCUGCAAAGGAAACAUCCACCUUUUAUACUUCUGUGUUAUGAUGGUGAAGUGAAUUGACAAGGAAUGGGAAAUGUUGAAACCUUCGGUGUUCAAUAGGAAGCCAGAUUUUAAUUAAUCCUUUACAUUCAUAAUGUUUUUAGCCCAUUCUGUGGGGACUGAUUCAGGCCAGUCACUUGAACUAUAAAUGGUAUAUAUACACUACUUGGAAAAGUAUUUCCAAUGUGCUUUGUGUUGUGAGCUGUUUCUGAAAUGAGCAGUUACACAACCUUGACAUACUGCUUAAUAACACAACUAUUCAAACUCUGUUAUAGGCUAGGGCUAGUCAUCAGUGUUGGACAUUGUGGGGCUUGUAUUACUCUCUGGCAGUGAUGUUGAUCUGUACAAAGUUCAUCUUGUACUUUGGGAAGUGGGGAAUUUACUUGAAAGCAAGGAAUCACUGGUGCGAACACCUUUGAGAUGAUUUAUCUUAAUUCCCUGGCUCCGUCUUUUUUGGUAUUGUGGCUUCCUCGAAAUUCACAGCUGGGUAUGGGAGAAACCAACUAGGCCAAUGUGAUUGAAGGAACAAGAGGCUGAUUGUAUGACAUUCAAUGUUUUCAAUCAGCAAAUCUCCUUUACACGGGAGCAACCGAGCAACACUGACUGAGAUCAGUUUGAAAGUCAACAUCAAGCUUUCUGAUUGUGGAGCUCACAGCGAGUUCUGAGAACAGAAAUGUUGCACUAGGAUCUGAAAGUCUUUUCACAGAAAACUGGUAGGUUGUGUAUUUGUAUUAGGUUCAGUAUACCCAGGCAAAAGCAUAAGGACACACUACUGCUUGUCAGAGGCUGACUGUGAAAGGAAGCAUUUGUUUUGUAUAAAGAAAAACUAGUCUUCGCAAAAUUACCAUGUAAUUUCUUGAAAGCAUCAGUGUUAAAGCUGCAAUGUAAUUAUUUAUAGAUCCAUAUUAAAGGUGGCGACUGGUUUGUGUAACAUGCUGUCAUUGUAAUUGAGUCGAUUUACUGUUGCCCCCUCAGCAAGGUCUUGUUUAUGAACCAUAAUAAUCAAAUUGGGAUGUUGGGGAAAGUGUAGAAGCUAGGAUGGUUGGAAAAGUAACUUUGUUCUUGAAGGCUUUAUUUUGUUUGAUGUUGAAAACCGGGAAAAAACCAAGUAAUCCAGAGGUGUUACUUCCAAAACAAAUUUGUUAUUAAUCUGUGGCGAUCCAUCUUCGGUGAGGAGGAUUGAGGGUAGAAGCUGAAAUUGUUUUGGGGGAUCUCAUGAGCUCUGAAAUGCUGGAGGUCUGCAACAAAAAUUUGAAAUCUAGCUGCAUAUCCAUUACACCCUUGGGGAUAGAUAGGGAGGAUGAUGGUGUCGUAAUGAUAUUGGUGUAAUAAUCCAGGGACAAGGGUUCAAAUCCCACCAUGGCAAGGAAUCUAAAUUCAAUUGAUGUAAAUCUGGAAUUGAAAAGCUGUGUCAGUAACAGUGAUAAUGAAACUAGCUUCAAUUGCUGUUGAAAUUGAUCUGGUUCACAAAUGCCUUUUAGGGAAAGAAAUCUGCCAUCCUUACCUGAUCUGGUCUACAUGUGACUGCAGAUCGAUAUCAGUGUGGUUGAUUCUUCUCGCCCCUCUGCGAUAGUUCAUCAAGCAACUGAAUUCAAGAAUAAUUAGGGGUAGGCAACAAAUUACUAGUGUCCCAUACAAGAACAGUGAAGAACUACUCUACUCUGGACCGUGUCUGAUAUAAGACCAGGUGAAAUAGUUCAUUGAUGGGACGUUGAGUGUUAAACUGGGAUUGGCCUAUUUCAGGUUUACAUCUUCAUUUCCACAAUUGCUUUUAUUUCAGAAAUUCAGAUUUUCUUCUAUUCAGAAUGUUGUGAUUCCUCAGUGAUGUGUAUUGACGAAUGAACCCAAUUGGAUUUGUGUGUGGGUCAGAUGCUCAGUGAAAACCAAAAUAAGCCAAUGUCAAGAUAAAUUGUAAACUGAAUCAUUGGGUUCAAUAAUUUUGAGGUACACUUACUAUCAUGCAAAUCCCUGAGGGGUGGGGAGGGCAUGAGCAAUUCUUGGACUAUAGCAAAUCACUGAAAGAUUGCACAAACUUGAUUCUUCAUUAAAAGAAAGCCAGUAAAAAGGUAUACCCAUUUCUUUAAGGGGUCAGUGCAUUGUCACUUUGGACUGUGUCCAUUCCAUUAUUGUAAAUUGGUUCAUCGAACCAGUCAUUUUCUAAUCACUGCCAUUUCUCAUUCUAAUCAGUGAACAGCCUAGAAGAGUAGUUUCUGUCAUUUGCAGUAAUGUAAUAUCUUUAACAUUCUUCUAAAUAAAUGGAAAAAGUGUGUAUUUCUGACAUUUACAAACAAAGAUAAUUCCCCAGUGUGGUUCUAGCAUAGUGGUUGGUGCCUGGUGGUUUGGGGAAACAAUUUUUGAUUAUAAUUCUAAAGAAGCAAAUGCAUAACUUCCAGAUAUUAUUGAAUGGUACAACUAUCCGAACUAUUAUCGGCUAGUGUUAGACAUUUGUGAGACUCAUAAUACUUUCUCUCAGUAGUGACAAGGCACACAUCUCAUACAGAAGUGAAUAAAGUAGUGUCAGUACUUGAUUAUUUACAUACUUGAGACACAUAUUCAUCAUUUUUGGUUGAUGAAAAGGUAACUCAUUGUAUUUGAUAAAUAGUGACUGGUUGUGCGUUGGACACCAGGACCAUUUGAGAUGUUCCAAUCUGAAGAUCAACGACUGUCAAGUUCCCCCCUCAUGUUUAAUAUCCUGUUUGUAGUCACAUUGUGAUACAGUGCUGCAAUCAUUUGCUAUACUUGACCCAAAAUGGUGAUGGUUACAACGUUUCAAGAAGAAUUCUCCUGUCAUCAGUUGGGAAGUCCUUCAAAAGCACUUGGUGGUACAAGAUGAUGUGAACCGAACUCCUUGGUUGCAAAAUACAGGAGCAAGUCCUUGAAGUUAAAGGAAUUUAGGGUCAAAGAUUAAAAUUUCUGAAAAUAAA